CUGGCCCCGCCCCCAGGACGCCCAGGUCGGGACCCGAGGUAAAAUUGGCGCUCGCCCUUUAAGCGGCGGGACUUCUGGUCACGUAGUCCGCGGCCGCCGGAAGGGGAAGUUUUCUCCUCAGAACGCUGCCUCGCUCGUCCGAAUUCGGUGGCGCCACGUCCGCCGGUCUCCGCCUUCUGCACCGCGGCUUCGGCGUCUUCCGCCUCGACACCUUCCACUCGCUGAGCUGGCCGCGUCGUGAGGAGGCCGUCACAGAGAGUCGGGCGGCCGUGCGCAGCCUGGCGACCUGAGAGGCGAAGAUGUCGGACAUCGGGGACUGGUUCAGGAGCAUCCCGGCCAUCACGCGCUAUUGGUUCGCCGCCACCGUCGCGGUACCCCUGGUCGGCAAACUCGGCCUUAUCAGCCCGGCCUACCUCUUCCUCUGGCCCGAAGCCUUCCUCUAUCGCUUCCAGAUUUGGAGGCCAAUCACUGCCACCUUUUAUUUCCCUGUGGGUCCAGGAACUGGAUUUCUUUAUUUGGUCAAUUUAUAUUUCUUGUAUCAGUAUUCUACACGACUUGAAACAGGAGCUUUUGAUGGGAGGCCAGCAGACUAUUUAUUCAUGCUCCUCUUCAACUGGAUUUGCAUUGUGAUUACUGGCUUAGCAAUGGACAUGCAGUUGCUGAUGAUUCCUCUGAUCAUGUCAGUACUUUAUGUCUGGGCCCAGCUGAACAGAGACAUGAUUGUGUCAUUUUGGUUUGGAACACGAUUUAAGGCCUGUUAUUUACCUUGGGUUAUACUUGGAUUCAACUAUAUCAUUGGAGGCUCGGUGAUCAAUGAGCUUAUUGGAAAUCUUGUUGGACAUCUUUAUUUUUUCCUAAUGUUCAGAUACCCAAUGGACUUGGGAGGAAGAAAUUUUCUAUCCACACCUCAGUUUUUGUACCGCUGGCUGCCCAGCAGGAGAGGAGGGGUGUCAGGAUUUGGUGUGCCCCCUGCUAGCAUGAGGCGAGCUGCUGAUCAGAAUGGUGGAGGUGGGAGACAUAACUGGGGCCAGGGCUUUCGACUUGGAGACCAGUGAAGGAGUGGCCUCGGCCUGGCCUCCAGCUGCUCCUCUCAGACCAUGUUUCCUCCCAGUGCUGGGUGCGCUUAACAACCGAGUUCUAGCUAAUGCUGUUGGACCUGACCCUCACUGAAUGUAGUCUUUCAGUACAAGACAACAUUUUUUAAAUCCUGAAGAAAAAUAUAAGUGUUCCUCAAGUUUCAUGAUUCUCAUUCAAGUCCUUACUGCUUUGAAGAACAAAUAUCAACUGUGCAAAUUUCAAAACUGACUAUACUUUUUGGUGUCUUCUCUUCCUUUCCGUCUGAAUAAUGGGUUUUAGCAGGUCCUAGUCUGCCGGCUCUGAGCUGGGCGUCUGGGGUUGGGUAACCAAACCGUUGUCAAAAGGACUCUUACCUCUUUCUUGCACACCUGCCUCCCUCCCACUUUCCCGACCUCCAAACUGCAAGUAGAGGAGAACCAAAAGAUGUCCGUAAAAUGGUUCUGCCUUUGAUGAGCUCUCUUAUUUAAUGACUUUUGCCAAGGCUUGGUCACAAAGAACUUGUUCACAUAAUUUUUUCCCCUUUGGUGGCAGAACUGUAACAAUAGGGGAGAAGACAGAAGCAGUGGAUGAAGAGCUUUCUCAGCUUUUGGAAUUGCUUCAACCUGACAUCACUUGCAACCAUUUGCCACCUCUUCAGAUGUUUUUAUAAAGAAGCACCACUGAGUCAGUGUGGGCACAGAUGGUAUUAGCGAGAUAUGAGAGUUGUUACUGGGUGUUUUUUCCCCGAGUUAAGUGAUCAAAACUAGUGGAGUUGCAUCUAACAUGGGUUAGGUUAAACCCUGGCAGACGUGAUCUCUUUACGUUUCAUGUGUGGGGCUUUGUGGGUUUGUGAACCUAGAGCAUUGUUUUAGGAGGUUCCAAAUCAUAUUGGCUACAGGGAGAUGCUCUCUUUGAGAGGCUCCUUGGCAUUGGUUCUAUUUCAUUCUCAUUCUAAAAACACAUUCAUUGAGUAAGGUGGAGAAGGAAAUCUCAUGCCCUAUUUAAAUUGUCAUUUUUUUUGCACUUUCCCCUCUCAGUGUUUUGGUGAAGUGCUUCAGUUAAUUGUGAGGAAGGUGCAGAUCAUUUUUUAAAGCUAAUGUAAGCACAUCUAAGUGAAUCACAUAAUUUUGGGGUAUAUUGGCUUUAGAAUCAUUUGUGUUUGAGGGUCUUUAUUAUUUUGAGUCAUGAAUGUACAAGUUCUGUGAAUCAGACCAGCUUAAAUACCCACAACUCCUUUUUCAUAGGUGGGCUUUUUCCAUCAGAGCCUGGCUCAUCACCAAAUAAAGUUUUUUGAAGGCUAUGGUGUUUCACACAGUUAUUUUAUUUUAUGUUUUUAUUCUGAAGGCAGACUGCUAGGAGCAGUGUUGAGUGGCUGCCAUACUUGAGUCAACUGAAAAGGCUUUGAACAUUUUGAUCAGUUUCUUUUCAGGAAACGUGCUCUAACAGUAUGACUCUUUCUGUCACUCUUAAACAGUGAUGUGUGUGAUACUAGGAAAUGGGAAUUUGAAAACAACUCCUCAUUUUUAAUAAAUUUUAUUUGUGUGUACCUCUCCAUGUUUAAUUUAUAUGAUAAAAUAGGUGGGGAGAGUCUGAACCUUAACUGUCAUAUGUUCUGCUGUUGACCUGUGGCCACAAUAAAAUUUACUUGUAAAAUUUUAGAAGCCAUUAUUACUAUUAUGUUGUAUGUGUACCCAUUGUACAGGAGUGCAAACUCAUUGUAUGUGUAAGGUUCUAAUGGUAAGUGAGCUACAAUCUCUUGUAUGCUGUCUUAUCAAGUCAGCUGCCUAAGAGUAGUCAUUUUUCUAAAGGUUUGCAAGUAUUUAGAAUUCUUUCGUUCAAGGCAAAAUGUUCAUUAAAUUCUUCCUCCUAAAUACAAUUAGGAAGCUGGUAAUGUUAUUGAUCUUGUCUGGAUUACCCAUCUUUCUGGAAUAAUUUUACCAAAACAAGUUAUUUGAGUUUUGACUUGGCAAGGCAAAGCAUGACAGUGGAUUCUCUUUAUGAAUGGAAAAAAAAAAAUCAUUUUGUAUAGAGAACUUCCCCUUUUGUAACUAAUCUUUUUAUUGGUAAAAAUUGUAAAUUAAAAUGUACAACUUGAA